CAAAAAUUUAAAGAUGGCGUCGACCUUAAGAGCGGUGGAAUUUUAUAGCGGUAUAGGAGGAAUGCAUUACGCCUUAAAAUCUUGUGGUGUUGCUGUAAAUGUCGUAGCCGCUAUCGAUAUAAAUACCAUCGCUAAUGAAGUCUACGCACACAACUUUCCUAACACAGUUCUAUUAAAUCGAAAUAUAGAGGGAAUCAAACUGGAAGAAUUCAAGAAAUUCGAUGCGGACAUUUUCACCAUGUCACCUCCAUGCCAGCCGUUCACAAGGCAAGGCAAUAAGAAGGCGUCGGAUGACCCGAGAACCAAGAGUUUCUUACAUAUCAUGAAAGUUCUUAGAAGUUUACCAAAACCUCCAUCGUACAUUCUGAUGGAAAACGUGAAAGGCUUCGAGGUCUCUGAAACCAGAGAAGAAUUUAUAAGAACCUUACGUGAAACUAACUAUGCUUUCCAGGAAUUUUUGUUGAGCCCAAUGCAGUUCGGAGUGCCGAAUUCAAGACUAAGAUACUUUCUGAUUGCUGUGCACAAACCAUUACAAUUUCCUUUCAAAGAAAGUGAUUCAAUAAUGGAGCACCUUUCAACAUCUCUCGGCUCGAGUUCCUUAUCUUUUGACCCAACCUCUUCGUUGCUCAUCAAAGACAAUCCCAGGCUGCACUGCCCAGUUUGCAACCAACAAUCUAAUGAACUUUUAAGACACUCGAUACCUUCAUCAACUGAAACAACGAAUUCGAAAAUCCAGGAUGCAAAAGAAGAGAAUCCUUGCUCAACUUUAAUCGACGUCAAGUGUGAACGAACAAGUUCUACAGAGAAAAAACGAGGAUUAGAAUCAACUUUACCGAGCGAGAAAGUCGAUGAGGAAUUAUGCCAUAACGAUAUGAACGAUUGUGACCGAAUGUGGGCUAGAAUAAAAAAUAUCCAACACUUUUUAGAAGAUAAGAGAGAUCAUUAUGAAGAAUUUUCAUUGCCUGAAAAUAUUCUAAAAAAGAAAGUUCUUUUAAUGGAUAUCGUUCAGACGAAGUGCAAUCAUUCCUGCUGUUUUACAAAAGGGUAUGGUCAUUACGCAGAGGGGACUGGAUCCAUAUUACAGAUGUCAUUUUCAGAUGUAACUCAGUCCAGCUCAAUAUUCGAGAGAUACAAGGAUGCCAGGGAGGAAGAGAGGAUAAGAAUUUUGGCUCCAUUAGGUCUUAGAUACUUCACACCAAGAGAGAUAGCAAAUAUCCUUUGCUUUCCAGCCGAAUUUGGCUUUCCUAAGAACGUGACUACGAGACAGAGAUAUCGUCUCCUUGGAAAUAGUUUAAAUAUUUUAGUUGUCAAAGAACUUAUGAAAAAAGUUUUCUUUGAUGAAUAAACGUGAUAAUUAACCAAUAUUAUGCUCGCCUAUGUAUUCUUCAAAUAGUUUGAAAAAUUGAUAAA